GGCUGUUGCUGCAUCCCGUUCCCUGGCAGCCCUAUGAGGUGAUGUUUGUCGCCUGCCAGCAGGCGACAAACAGCGAGAUGUUUGCAGUGCCGUACACUAAUGUACACACCCUCCACAGCGUCCACAGCAAUGCUGCUUACACAGUACGCCGCCGUGCUGGCCUUCUCGGGCCGCCUCAGCUUACGGGGGGCACUAAAUGACGGGAGCAGCCCGCUCCUCGGUUCCAGGUUCCAUGGUCGCUGCCGGCUGCCCACUGGGCUGAACCCGCUGCGACCCCGAGCCGCCAUGGUGCCAAGUUGGGUCCGGCAGGUGCUGGUCGUCGUCCGGCGCCCGCACUGUGACAGGCGUUCCCUGGCAGUUGCAACGAUCCCCCAGCACGCACAAUUUCCAUCCUCCUCCGCACCCCCCGACCCCUUCUGAAUCCCAAAUUACCAAUGGGCUUGGACUCUAGAACCGCUGUAUACAUAGGUAGUCACGGGCCG